UUCUUUUAUUCAUUAUUCUGCGAGAAUACCAAAAUCCUCAGACAUUUAGAAAAAGCUAAGAACAGAACUCAGUAACACGGAAAUGUCGGCUCUGCUGUCCUCGAUGUUCCUGUUUGUCUGUGUAUUUGUUGUUGCCUCUGCAGACCAGAAAAACAUCACAGCGGAGCCUGAACAGAAUGUCACUCUGACAUGUAAAGCUCCAAACAACAACAACAUCAUAGUUGCAGAGUGGAGCAGAGCUGACCUGGAGCCAGAGUAUGUGUUUGUGUUCCGGAAUGGGAAGUUUGAUCCAGAAAACCAGCAUCCAACUUUUGUGAACCGGGCAGAGCUGCAGGAUUCACAGAUGAAGGAUGGAGACGUGUCUGUGAUUCUGCAGAAGGUGACGACUGAUGACACUGGAACAUAUGAGUGUCGCGUCCAAAGAGAGGGAGAUAGUAUGAAGCUUAUGAACACCAUCAGAGUGACAGUUGCUGCUCCUCCUCCAGGUCAAUCAGGAGGAGACACAGAGGAUGGAGGGAGGAAGGGUGGAGUCAGCAGUGCAGUCAGCAGAGGACGUCCUGGACUGCUGGCAGUUUUGGGCAUCCACCUGUGCUUCCUCGAGGGAACGUCCUCCAUGAUGGAGGAGCUGCUGGAAAGUGCGGACCCUGACCUCCAGAGUGAGACCUCUGUCACAGUUCAGAGGAUCUAUGGCAGCAGAGACCUUCAUGGACACUAA